CUAUACAUUGUGUUUUGUGCAUUCAAUUUUCAAAUUCAAGUUUGUGACACGUCAGUUUUGACGUGUUCUGUCAAAAAAAAUAUAUUCGAGGUUAUGUUAUAAGAAAAAAUUAUUUAGUUUUUUGUGAUUUUUUUGGUAAAACUAGUCCAGGAUGACCAGGAGGGUGAUUGUACCCCUUUUGGCCCUUUCACUGUUAACAACUAUUUUGGCUGUUGACAAGAACAACUUUAAAACAUGUGAACAAAGCAGCUUUUGCAGACGCUUAAGAAAAUAUGAGCAAAAUAAGAGCCCAUACUACUUGGAUCUCUCCACAUUAGAGCUAGAUAAUAAUGGCUUCAGUGCAUCUCUCAAAAAUUCUGAACUAGAGGCUGCUAAUUUGAAGCUUACUUUAACAGCUAUUGCAGGAAAUAUAUUCAAAGUAACUGUGGAUGAAGUACAGGGACUUCAUCCAAGAUACAAACCACAGUUUAGUUUGAAUGGAGAGCCACAGGCUGCUAAACUGGAAAUCUUGGGUAGGAGCUCAGAAUCUAUAUCAGUAAAGGCUGGAGAUGCUAAAGCAGUUAUUACUGCUAAGCCCUUAAAGUUGGAGUUCUACCACAAAGAGCAUUUGGUUUCUGUGGUGAAUGGAAAGGGCUUAUUUGGCUUUGAACAUUAUAGAACUAAACCUGCUGAUGGAGAGAAAGAUCCGCAAAUUCAAGAUGAUCCAGGGGCGUGGGAGGAAAACUUCAAAAGCCAUCAUGAUAGCAAACCUAAAGGGCCUUCUGCUAUUGCUGCUGAUUUCAAUUUCCCGGGAGCCCGAAGGGUGUAUGGUUUGCCAGAGCAUGGAGACCGUUUGGCGCUUAGGACCACUGGUUCAGGUGGAUUGGAUCCCUACAGGCUAUACAAUUUGGAUGUAUUUGAAUAUGAAAUGGACAGUACUAUGGCAAUCUAUGGUGGAAUACCUGUGGUCUAUGCUGUCAGUCCAGAACACACUACUGGAAUAUUCUGGCAUAACGCAGCGGAAACCUGGGUAGACAUAAACAACAGUAAAGACGGCAACGUGGUUUCAUCACUGGUAAACCUCGUGAGUGGAUCCAAAACCGAUCCUAACGUUGACGUGCGUUUUAUGAGCGAAAGUGGCGCAAUGGAAUUCUUUGUUCUUACCGGACCCACUCCCAAAGAUGCCGUUAAACAAUAUGCUUCUUUAACUGGAGUGCACGGCUUACCACAACUUUUUGCGUUGGGUUACCACCAAAGUCGUUGGAAUUACAACGACCAAGAUGAUGUUACCACUGUAGUAGCCAAAUUUGACCAAAAUAAUAUGCCAGUGGACGUGAUGUGGUUGGAUAUAGAGUAUACUGAUGGUAAAAAGUAUUUCACGUGGGAUCCAAUUAAGUUUUCUCAGCCUGAAAAUAUGGUGAAUAACUUGACUAGUACUGGAAGGAAAUUGGUGGUGAUUAUUGACCCACAUAUUAAGAGGGAAGGUGGAUAUUUCGUGCAUGAGGAUGCUUUAAAUUAUGAUUUGUAUGUGAAGAAUAAAGAUGGCGGAGUGUAUGAAGGUUGGUGCUGGCCUGGAUCCUCAUCUUAUUUGGACUUCUACAACCCAGCCACCAUGGACUAUUAUAAAAAACUGUACAGCCUAGAAACUUUCAAAGGUACUAGCCAUGACGUUUGGAUCUGGAACGAUAUGAACGAGCCCUCAGUUUUUAACGGUCCUGAAAUAACCAUGCCCAAAGAUGUGGUUCAUUAUGGAGGGUGGGAACAUAGAGAUAUACACAACGAGUAUCCUCUUAGUCAGGUAAUUGGUACUUAUCGAGGAUUAAUCGACCGCUCCCCCCAUAGAAGACCUUUUAUCCUAACCAGAGGGCAUUUUUCUGGUACCCAACGUUACGCCGCCAUAUGGACGGGCGACAACGAUGCCAAAUGGUCCCAUUUAGCCGCUAGUUUCCCCAUGUGUCUUUCAGAAGCUUUGGGAGGUAUAAGUUUCUGUGGAGCGGACGUAGGAGGAUUUUUCAAUAAUCCAGACGUCGAAUUACUGCAAAGGUGGUAUCAGGGUGCGAUUUGGCUUCCGUUCUUCCGCGCGCACGCUCACAUCGACACCAGGCGUCGCGAACCCUUUUUAUUCCCUGAAGAUGUAAUGGCUCGCAUCCGAAACGCUUUGAGGCUCCGUUAUGCUCAUUUGCCUUUGUGGUAUACUUUGUUUUGGGAACACGAAACCCAAGGGGAACCCGUUAUUCGGCCAUUGUUCUAUCACUACCCGCAGGAUGACAAUGUUCUUGAUAUUGAUGAUACGGUCUUAGUUGGCCAUUCAGUGCUAGCUCGUCCUGUGACAGACCCUGGUGAAUCGUCUGUAAAAGUAUAUCUUCCUGGCGAAUCGAAAGCAAUCUGGUACGAUUUAGAAGACUUUAGAGCCUACCAAGGAGGAAUACACACGAUUCCUGUCACUUUAGAUAGGCACGUGGUAUUCUACAGGGGGGGCUCAAUAGUACCUCGCAAAGACCGCCCAAGACGUUCAGCCACUGUAAUGCGUAACGACCCUUUCACUUUAUAUGUGGCCCUUGAUAGCAGCAAGUCCGCCUCUGGAACUUUAUAUGUGGACGACUAUGAGAGUUUCGAGUACAAAAAUGACAAAAAAUAUGUCUAUGUCCACUUUAAUUAUGAAAACAAUAAGUUAACUAGCAGCCUAAUCGAUAAGACUGAUUAUCCUACAAAGGAAUGGAUUGAAAGAGUGGUAGUUUUGGGAGCUCCCAAGGGUAUUAAGGGAGCAAGACUUACUAGCAAAAGCUUAGGAACAGUCGAGCUGGAAACUUCUUACGAUAGUGAGUUCAGGUCACUCACGGUGAGAAAACCGGGAGUUUCCAUCAGAGAACCAUUUACAAUAGAACUUUAUUAAAGUUUUAAUUAAGAUAUUUAGAUUAUAAAGUACAUUUUAUGGUUUGUGUUCCUAUUAAGGGCGUUCAUUUUUCUUUUUGUCAGUUUUAUAAAUUAAUUAAAAUCAAUAUGUGAAAGUGAUACUAUACAGUUAGUCAUAUCAGACUUUUUUGGGAUUUCUCAAUAGCCAAUUCACAAACAAAUAGCCUUUGUGAAUUAAAAGUUACGUAAAUAUAAUGUAGUUACAUACAA